AAAACGAUUGUCAAGUUCUGUCUUGGUUCUGUCAAGUUGCCGUUGUUUUGUAUUGUGCCAUUUUGUACCAUAAUAUCUUUAAUUUUGUCCACAGAAAACUCUUAAUUGUUUUAAAAUGCUAAUAUUGUUUGAUGGCCGGUGAAGAUUCAUUGUCAAGGUUAUCGUAAAUUGUUAUCAUGUGGGUUAAGCCGCAGGAAGUGUUUAUAAAAACUGCGUUGUGGGAUAGUGAUGAAACGACGCUAUAUUUCGUACUUCAGAGACGGAAAGGACAUGGCAAGUCGGCGGGGCUGUCUUCGUUGCUCGUUAGUACUUUCGAUAGUGUCCGAGACACAAAGCCUGCUCCAUACAGGAUACUCCACCAAACUCCGAAUUCGGAAAUAUAUUACGUUAUAUCAUCAGCCCUAACGGAACAAGAUAUUCGUCAAGAUUGGCAGUGGCUGCUAGACAAUGUUUGCCCCACACUACAUUCCUUUGAUACUGAGGAGGAGAUCACCGAGUUUGUUUGUUGUAAAAUUAACUCGAUCAUUGCUACGGAACAAGAAAACUUUACAGAAGAUGAGGAUACAAUAACAUACAAAAAUGUUGUGUAUGAGUUCCACCAAAGGUUUGGAAUGCCGAAAGAUGAAAAAUUGGUGUGUUAUUACUCCUGUAGUUACUGGAAAAGCAAAAUGCCGAGACAAGGCUGGAUGUACCUGUCCGUCCACUACAUGUGCUUCUACUCCAACAUAUUCGGACACAAGACCACGAUCAAGAUCCGAUGGGCCGAUGUGACGGAGCUAGCCAAGACCAACAGUUUACUGUUUCCAGACUCUAUCAAAGUGGUGACGAGAGACGCGGAGCAUUACUUUACUCUGUUUUUGAAAAAAAAUGAGACGUAUGCGCUUAUGCAGCAGUUAGCUAACAUUGCAAUGAAACAGUUGAUCGACGACAAAUCGGGCAGCUUCAAUAUAGACAAGGACCUUCUAACGAAACUCAGCAAAAACGUACCGAAGAAACCCUCUUUCUUAAAACGAGACCUGGACGCGAGAAAGCAGUCUAAUCUCUACACGCUAAGGUUCAGAUUGCCGCAGACGGAAAAGUUGGACGGGUCCGAAGAGUGUUCCCUGUGGACGCCUUAUAAUAAAAGGCAUAAUUGGGGGCGGCUGUACUUAUCGCAGAAUUUCAUUUGUUUUGAUAGUCGGGUGCGUAACCUGGUCCGUCUCACCAUCCCCUUGCGGACCGUGCACCAAGUGGAGCGCGCGGACUCGGGCGGCACGGGCAGCGCGGACUCGGGCAGCAUCCUCAUCACAACCGCGCACCACACCAGCUUCCUCUUCGGCAACAUCUCCGACCGCGAGUUCCUGGUGCACAAGAUCUCGGAGCUGCUCGCGAAGCUGCCCAAUGAUGUGUACAGGGAGAAGCCACAUAAGAAGACCGAGGAACCGUCGUGGGUGCCGCAGCCGCCGCUGAUGACGCUGUUCCUGACACAGCAGACUUCGCCCAUCAAGCAGAUACAGCAGAAAAAGGAGAAACAAUGGGAAGACCACAUGACCGACGUCGGCCGCGGUAUAAGCAUGUACCAAACCACCGCCGGCAGCGAGCUGGUCAUCAACGGCAUACCAGAGUCCCUCCGAGGCGAACUAUGGAGCGUCUUCUCUGGAUCCAUACUACAGAAGACACAGAACAAAGGACUGUAUGAACGGCUCGUGAAUGAAGCGUUGUCUUCGAAAAACCAGGCGAAUGAUGAAAUUGAAAGGGAUUUGCAUCGGUCGCUGCCCGAGCAUCCGGCUUUUCAGAAUAAUGUUGGCAUUUCCGCACUCCGUCGCGUCCUCUGCGCAUACGCACUCAAGAACCCGACCAUCGGCUACUGCCAAGCCAUGAACAUCGUGGCUUCAGUGCUUCUCAUAUACUGCCCUGAAGAGCAAGCGUUCUGGCUACUGGCCACUAUCUGUGAGACGCUACUGCCGGAUUACUAUAACACGAGGGUCGUUGGCGCUUUGGUCGACCAAGGGGUCCUAGAAGAGCUAACGGAAGCCCACCUGCCCGAGCUCCACGCGAAAUUAGACGAGCUCGGCAUGAUGAACAUGAUCUCCCUGUCCUGGUUCCUCACGCUGUUCAUCAGCGUCAUGCCGUACGAGUGCGCCGUCAACGUCAUGGAUUGUUUCUUCUACGACGGAGCUAAGGUCAUCUUCCAGGUGACGCUAAAGAUUCUGGACAUCAACCGGGACAAACUGCUCAAAUGUACAGAAGACGGGCAGGCUGUGCAGGUGUUUAACGACUACCUGAAGGGCAUCUACAAUGAUGAAGCCAUGGCGUUAUCUACUGAACCGAGGACCGCUGAGAAGAGUGUGAAAAUCCAAGAGAUCAUCUACCAGUCCUACCGCUCAUACGGGCAGAGCGUGACACCAGAAUGCAUAGAACAUCUCCGUCUGAAACACAGACUCCGAGUGGUGCGGCAGUUAGAAGACAGCCUCGAGAGGAACACGCUGCGGGCGCUGCAGAUGGACCGGCUUCUGGAGCCCCAGGAACUGCUGGAACUGUUAAGUAUAAUCCGUGAAGAGCUGCUGUGGGCUAAACGCGUGCCGUGCGAGCGACUAGAAGCCCCAUACGAAGCGUAUAGACUGGACUAUACCCAGUUCAAGAACCUGUACACUGCUCUGUCGCCGUGGGGGAAGGGGGAGUGCGCCGAGGCCAUCACUGCUAGGAUGUUUAAGCUAAUGGACAACGACAGCGACGGGUUCGUGUCUGCCCGCGGGCUGUCGCUCGCGCUCGGCGUGAGCGCGCGCGCGGAGGCGGCGCGGCGGCUGCGCGUGCUGUACUGCGCGCACGCGCCGCCGCUGCUGUCGCACGAGGAACUGCGCGACGCAAGGGCCGCGCAAGCUGGUGCCGAACUCGCCACUGACGCUAUCUCCUUCUUCGACAGUGUAGAGAACCCGUCCGGAUCUGAACCCGUGCCUCAAGAGCUGCAGCGGUCUAUAAGCGACUCGGGUGACGCUGGCUACAUGGACAAAUCCAGCGACAGCUCCAACAGCCAAUCAGCGUCCAGCGUGGACCCCAUAGCGGAGUCCAUCCGCGCCUGCGCCUGGUCGGGCGUGGGGUCCGGGUCCGGCGCCUCCACGCCCGGCACCAGCGCCCCGGCCGCCGCGCCGCCGCUGCCCCGCGCCCAUUUCCUGCAGCUCCUCGCCGCCAUACACUCGCUCACGCUGCAUAAAGACCAGCUGUAUGAGGCGGCGGCACAAGCCGGCACGCUCCUGUUGAAGAUGGGUGAAUGGAACCACCGGCGACGGAGCCUGGACCGCGAGAUAUCACAGGACAGCUUGUACUUAGCAGCCGCCGAAAAGCAGUCCACAAUGCGACAGAUGGAUCCCAACGGCAACACAACCGACCAAGACACUGCGCCAUCCCCGUCAAAGGAAACCGAACCUUCGGUGGACGACGAAUGGUCCAUUUCCCUCGAGCAGUUCCUCGCCACAAUGCUCUCACAGGAACCUCUAGAGGCAUUCUUCAACGAGAAAGUAUCCAUACUACCUGAUUUAGAAGCCUUGAAACAAAGAGACAGGCUUCAGUCGAUGUCUUGAAGGUAUUUUUGUAAAUUAUAAAUGCGUUUUUCUAAUUAUAAAAGAGAUUUAAUGAGGCCUUUUGCGCAAUAUAUGCAUUGUAA